AGGGUUACUACACUAGCUCUGGCCUAUAGCCAAGGACACACACACUGAGACGGGGUGUUCAACCUACAGCCACUGACACAAGCAUAGACAUCGGGUGUACCCGGGUGGUCAUAAGGCUUGCUGAUGCUUCUACUGCCGCCGGCAGGUCUGCUCCUGUGAGGGGGAAAGAGAGUCCGCUGCAUUGCUUGCUGCAGAGAGGGAGAGAAAGACACAGGCUGGCUGAAGCGAACUGCCACUUGAUGGUCGUGGUGACCAUCCUCCCAACUGUUGGCUUGCAGCACAAAGCAGCUGCUGAACGCGGAGAGAAACUGGUCGGGAGGACGAGCUUGCGCGUGCGUUCCAAGACAGCCUGCUGCGCUGUGCGGCGUUGCUGUUUCCUAGCUGCUGCUGCUGCGUGAGCAGCUGUCCGGCAUUUGACUUCAGCUCGCGUCAACGGCGGCGGGGAAAAGUGAGCGACAGUAGUGGGCAUCAAACAUCACCACUGCAGCGCUGCAGUCACCACCUCCAGUCGUGGGGCAAGCAAGCAAAUGGGGAAGCGCACCGUCUGAAGGUUGUUGCGAACUGUAGGAUUUAAAAAAAAAAAACAACAACAACAAACAAACCUCGCUCCAACACGAACCUACCAUGGGCUUUCAGUUGGCGAUCCUGAACGACGGCGACUCUAGCUGCUGCAAAGGAGCAUCUCGUCGCUGAUGCCUGGCUGUGAGUGUGGACCCAGUUAGUGGUCGUAUGCUUGACAUGGACCGUAUAGACUACGGCAUCACACACUGCGCUCAUUCUCUCUCUUAAAGGAACCAAGCUCACAACAGCAGCCACAAAAAAAAAAAACAGAAACAAUUACAACGAUCCGUGAGAGAGACGAUAAGCGGCGGCAAGCAUGGCAACUGAGAACUCCUACAUUCUGGGUCGAAGUCAGACGACGUCUGACUUCUCAGAAACCAGCAGCGUCAGUGACAUGAAACACCUUGUAGAAGACAAAGAUGAAGACAAGCAAACGUCCGGCAUCCCCAUGACCAGCUUCAAUUUCAUCAACUCCAUCGUUGGCUCGGGCAUUAUAGGAAUGCCAUAUGCGCUCAGGCAGGCUGGCUUCGGACUUGGCAUUUUGAUGAUUAUUGCUGUUGCUGCGAUAACAGAUUAUUCCAUCUUGCUUCUAGUAGAAGGUGGCCACUUAUCAAACACAGAUACCUAUCAGGAUCUUGUACUUGUGGCAUUUGGGCGUCCGGGAUUUUAUCUACUGACUGGCUUGCAGUUCUUGUACCCUUUCAUUGCCAUGGUCAGCUACAAUGUCAUCAUUGGAGACACCAUCACGAAAAUUAUACUUUGGAUGGGCGGAGACAAUCCUGGUAUUAUUCACUCCAUACUCGGCAACCGCCAGUUUGUUAUAUUCCUGACGACAGUUCUAGUCACAUUGCCUCUCUCACUCUAUCGUGACAUUGGGAAGCUGGGCAAAUGGGCGUUUGUUUCCAUACUGUUGAUUUUAUUUAUAGUUGUGGCUGUCAUCAUCCGUCUUUCGACUUUUUCACAUACUAUACCGCCGACAGAGGAAGCCUGGCAGUUCGCUCGCGUCAAUGUGUCACAAGCUAUUGGCAUAAUGGCCUUCGCAUACAUGUGUCAUCACAGUACUUUUCUGAUCCACUCAUCCCUCGAGAAACCAACUCACCAGCGAUGGGGCUUCGUGGUGCACUUCAGUGUCUGCUUUGCCAUGAUCAUGUGCCUGGUACUGGGCAUUACAGGCUACAUAUCCUUCACUGGCAAUGCACAAGGUGAUUUGCUAGAAAACUAUUGCUGGGAUGAUAUCCUGAUGAACAUUUCUCGACUGGCCUUUGCCAUCACAAUCAUGCUCACCUAUCCUGUGGAAUGUUUUGUCACGCGAGAGGUAAUCGAGAAUGCUGUGUUUCCGUCACAUCCACCAGCUCCUCUUUGGCGGCACAUCUCAGUCACCAUUGUCAUCGUUUUUCUGACAGGAGUCAUUUCGAUGGCAACAGACUGCCUUGGCAUUGUACUCACUCUCAAUGGUGUGUUGGCUGCCGCCCCACUGGCCUACAUUAUUCCUGCCUGCUGCGUGAUGAGGCUACGGCAGGAGGCUCUCCUGUCACGAAGUAACAUCGGGCCCAUCUUGCUGGCAACGUUUGGCACGCUGGUGGCGGUCAUCGGCUUCAUCAUGGCCCUUGUUGACUUGGUUAGUGGGGUCAGCACCUGCUCACAUGGGGCUGAACCCAGCUACUGCACGCCCAUGAAUGACAACAGCAGCAUCACAACUACUUUUGUCCCACUACACUCUUCACAGCUGGCCGUUUAACCAUGUGUCAGUUGCUGAGGCCAUCUAAGCAUAUCCAUAUUGAUACAAACUGAAAGGAGAUUCAAAGGCCCGUGUGUGCGCAUGUUGCCGUUACAGAUAUUUACAUGUGAUGCGAUCUCAAGAGUUGUGUAACCGAGAUGAGCACAAGCAGCGCUGACUCUGUACAAUGGGAAAGAAAGUUUUUUUUUCUCCAAAGGAGAUAUCCCUCCCCUAAUAGCUGUUUCUUUCGUGAAGAUGUCCUGAAUGUUGCAUUUUCUUCCACUGUUAAAUUUGGAUAAUACCAGUCAAACUAUUUUGACAGCUAUUAUGUAUUUCACAUGAAAAUGAUUUCCAAAAUUAGUUCCAAAAGUUAAAAAGUUUAGGUCAGUAAAUUUGUUGAAAAUGGAUUACAUAACCUAUGUUAGCUGAAAAACACUUGAUGGAUGUCACAACCUUUAAUUUCCUGUGGACUUAAAAUUUUCUACAUUCAUUGAAAAAUCAAUUUUUGUCCACAUAUGCCAGAGACUGACCUUAGAGAUAAGGUGGUCAUCAAAACAUGGUACUGGUGCUGGUUUUAUCUUUCUUCUGUUCCCUUUCAGACUGGGUGAAGAGUGAUUUUAAUGAAUAUCUAUGGGCUACGGCUACCACCUACCUAUUAGUAGUAAUGGAAACAGGAGUUCUAUUAUUUGGGAACAGGGUUAUAUUUGCAGAAUUUUGGGUCCAUAAAAAUGCAGCAGAAUUGCCACCAUAGAGCUGAUAACCUUAAAUGUGGAGCAGAAUUUCUAUUGCCCUUGGUUAUUUUGUUGGUUGUAAAUGGUCAAGACAUCUAUGGCUAAAACAAUGCAGACUUUAACUCUUUCUUUUCCUAAAAAUUCCUAAUUUCUGUUAACAUUUUGGCAGGACAAAACCCCUACAGCAUUUCUGGGUCCUCUCUGAUGUUGCUUUUUUUGAUGUUUAACACCAACAAAUAAUCUACUUCUAAAGCUUUAUGAACUUUUCUUGCUGUGUGUAAGCUGUGAUGGACUUCUUGGUGUAUCUGACUUAAAAGUUGUUUACAUAAUCAAAUCAUUUUCGUUUAAUCAAUGUUUUAAUAUUUCUUCUCUUGUUAAUCUUUGAAACCAAUGGUCUUGUCAACAUCCAUUCUAGGUUAUGUUUGUGUGCGCGCUUGCAAGUGCGUAUACAUGUAUGCGAGGGUGUAUGUGUUGUGCUUUUUUCUUCUUGAGGUAAGUUCCACAAUUCUAUUACAUUGGUCAUUUGUUAUUUCUAAAUAUUACACGAGUAGCAAAAUUGAACAUUAUAAACUUCAAAAAUUUGUUCAGACAUAAAAUUUCUUACUUUGACCCAUCCCUAGAUGAAAUGGGUUAAUCACCACCCCACCACCCCCCAAAAAAAUCUGGUUGGAACAGGAAUCAUUUAAUCUGAGCGAUUACCAGUGUGAAAGCUAAAAGUCGCCUUAACUCCACUGAUCAAAAUGUUUAUGUAUUUUACCUCCACCCACUUUUACAGCCCUAUCUGACUUCUCUGAGUACUUGUUACGCUCAAUCAGCUUUCUACAUUUUUAAUGUUUGUUGUGGCUAUGUUUAAAUGUUAAUGCUGGAACAUGAAUUCCUCACAGAUCUUUUAGCUGAUUUGUUCAUCUAUUUGAAAAAAAAAAGUUUAUUGUAAUGCCAGGUUCCAUGAUUUGCUGAUUCAUGUCUCAUUUUUUAAAGCUUUUUAAUCUUUCAUGAUUUUAAGCUGCUAGACAGUGGCUUCAAGCCCCUUGCUUUUUGACUGUGAUCUUUCAAAUGGGGCAGGUCUUUUUUGUUGUUUUUUGGUGUCCUAUAUUCAUGUAGUUAACAUGAUCCCAUUAGAAGCCUGCAUGACUGGAAAAAUGUAAAUAUGAAAGAUUCACCUAAAUGUGAAAAAAAUGAAAAUAAAUUUCAGUGCCAUGAUUAUAA